AUGGAACCUAAGUAUUUUUGCAUGAUAUUCCUUGGAGGCCUUUACUUAGUAACAAGUAAUGCAGUAGGCCUAUUUUUGUCUGUUUCUUUCCUUUCAAAAAUCUCUGGAAUCUUGAAUUCAAUUGCUAUUUUAGCUUUAGGCGGAUACUUUGGAUAUAUAGCAUACCUUAAGAGACAAACUAAAGAAUACUUAUACAUUUAUGCCGGUGUCGGUGCUAUUGGCAUAAUCGGCGGAAUUGAAAUGAUGAUUCAAUCUUUUAAAGAAGAUUUCUACACAAAAUCAUGGUUCCUUAGAUUCAUUGCUGUCUUAUUUAUGGGAGGAGCUCUUCAAGAAGCAGCUAGUCUUUACUAUUACAUCCCAAUUCAGAGAUUCGGCACCGGACUCAUCCCAAUUUUCAACAUUUCCGAAAUCCAGCAGAUGUAUAUCUUCUUACUUACAACAUUAAUUUCAGUCUUUAUUCAAGCUGUCGCAAUCUGCCCUAAUUUCCCAGAAUCAAGCCACUUCGGAUACAUGAUUCUCAGAGUAUUCAUUGCAUGCUUGUUUUCUCUCGUUGUUGGUGGAGCCACAGGCUACUUCCUCAAUACAAGAUCUGAAAACGCUGGUUACAUUACACAGGCAGAUCAACCAAGCACAGCUAUUGAACAGGUUGUUGAUGUUGAAGCCCCACAAGCUAACUAA